AUGGACGACGGAGGGAUCGAGCUCAACUUUUCCGUCCCAGACGGCGGCAACGUCCGGCGCCAGCUUGCGCCGAAGAAGGGCGGACGGUGGACGGACCGCGUUAAGGCCAAGCAGGCGGCGAGGCGCGUCGUGAAGAAGUACGAGUCUGGCAACGCCGAGCCAGCCACCACGAGGCCGGUGGGCCAGCCGCCAGUGCGCGUUCCUCCUCCUCCCCCGGCUCCCAGGCCAGCGCCGGCGCCGAAGCCUGCUACCGCCGCACCUGUCGCACGACCUGCGCCGGCGCCAGUCUCCCGUCCCAAGCCCCAGCCGGCGCCCAAGGCUGCCCCUGCUCCGCGCGCCGCGCCUUCCGCCGAGGCUGGACCGUCCCGUCUCCCCAUGGAGGUUGAGCCGAAGGAGGCUCCUGCCCCCAAGGCUGCUGCCGCGCCGGCCGGCCCCCAGAUCGUCUCGUCGCUGUUCACGUCCAACCCCAACAUUGGGUAUGUGAAGCAGUCGAUUGAGCCUGUCCUCGGAGCACCGUCCAACGCUCCGCUCAUUGGCGACACCAACACGUUUGCCGGACUCGGCCUCGACCCUCUCCUGGUUCACCACCUCCAGAACAAGAUGGCGAUCAAGGCCCCAACAGGUAUCCAGAAGUCUGCGCUCCCGCACAUGCUGUCCUCCCCACUCGACAUCUCCGCACGGAGAGAAGAGGAUGAGGAGGGCUUCGCGAAGCCGGUCGCCGACGAGGGACCCCGCGACGUGUUUAUCCAGAGCCAGACUGGUUCCGGUAAGACGCUCUCGUUCCUCCUGCCCAUCAUCCAGACGCUCCUGCCAUUGUCCAAGCUGUCCUACAUCGACCGCUCGAUCGGCACCCUCGCUAUUAUCCUCGCGCCGACCCGUGAACUCGCCCAGCAGAUCUCACAGGUGCUGGAGAACAUCCUGCGUAUGGCCCUGUCGCUCCCUGACGACGAAGAGGACCGCGGCUACACCCGUUGGCUCGUUUCCGGUCUGCUCGUCGGUGGAUCGACUCGCACCCACGAGAAGGCCAAGCUGCGCAAGGGUGUGCCCAUCAUUGUGUCGACUCCCGGUCGUCUCCUCGACCACCUGCAGAACACGGCGAGCUUCCAGACCGGCAAGUGCAUGUUCCUCGUGCUUGACGAAGCGGAUAGGCUCAUGGACCUCGGCUUCGAGGAGACGAUUCAGGGCAUCAUCAAGGCUAUGGACGGCAGGCGAAGGAACGAGAUUGCCGCCGAGCGCGAGAUGGACGAGGAAGGAGGAGGUCUUAUGCGCUGGCCUUACUGGCCCCGCGGACGCCAGACUGUGUUGUGUUCAGCCACGGUCGACGCCAAGGUCGAGCGACUGGCGGGUAUGGCCCUCCGCGACCCUAUUCUGUUCCGAUCGUCCGACGUCGACAUGAAGGAGAAGAAGAAGACGGCAACGGACGACAAGGUCGCCGACGCUCUCAAGGCCGCUACCGCAAUCACUCUUCCCGAGACGAGCGAGAAGUUCACACCGCCAUCGCAGCUCGCCCAGAAGUACGUCGUCACCCCGGCCAAGCUCAGGCUUGUGACCUUGGUGGCACUUCUGCGUUCGCUUGUUGGCAAUGCCGCCAAGAUUCACGUCGAGGGGGAGAACGACGGUACCAAGGUGAUCGUCUUCUUGUCCUCUACAGAUGCGGUCGACUAUCACUACAAGCUGCUCGGCGGCGCGUCGAUGGGUGGCCCUGAGCCCAAGGCGGAGGAGGCUGAGGAGGACGACGAUAGCGACGAUGACAACGAGGACGACAGCGACGACGACGACGACGACGACGACAGCGAAACGACCGACAAGGCGAAGUCAAAGACGAAGCCAAAGCCAAAGGCCAAGGCCAAGGCCGCCGACGACCCGGAGAACGUCACAUUGCGAUCAGCACUCUUGCCUAAUACCACGAUCCAGCGUCUGCAUGGUUCGCUGCCCCUCAAGACCCGUUUGGCGUCCCUCAAGGCGUUCGCUACGCCGGCGCCCCACGCGUCCAUUCUCUUCGCGACGUCGGUCGCCUCGCGUGGUCUUGACUUGCCUCUUGUUCGCGCGGUGGUGCAGUACGACCUGCCUACCGAAGGUGGCGCCAGUGAAUACGUCCACCGUGUCGGUCGUACUGCUCGUGCGGGUAAGGGUGGUGAGGCGUGGGCGUUUGUGGCGCCCAGUGAGACCGAGUGGGUCCCUUGGGUGGAGAGCAAGAUGGGUGCUGCGGAAGAGGUUGAGGGCCAGGAUGGUGGCAGCGUGCGCCUCACCCAGGUCGGCGUCAACGAGGUGUUGAGGCGCGGUUUCGGCGGCCGUGGACACGAGUAUGAGCAGCGUGCGACGGACGUGCAGCUGGCGUUCGAGCGAUGGGUCUUGGGAGACGACCAGAAUGCCGCGCUCGCCCGCAAGGCCUUCUCCUCCUUCAUCCGCGCCUACUCCACACACCCUCUGGAAGAGCGCCGCUUCUUCCACGUCAAGUCGCUGCAUCUCGGACAUCUUGCCAAGUCAUUCGCCCUGCGUGAAGCACCUGGGACGCUCGCCGCGACUGUCAAGCCUGCAAAGGCCAAGAUCACAUCGUCAGCCACGAGUAACAAGCGCAAGCGUGGCGGUGCCGAGGAUGAAGAUGACGAGCCGCGCGGCGGCAAGGAGACGACAGCGAGGAACGAGACCGAGAGGAGGAUGUACGAGGCCGUGCGAAAGCAGGGCCGACUGGUCAAGUCCGGUGGAACUCUCGGCGCCUACAGCGGAGAGAGGAAGGGCGGCAAGUCGUCCGCCGCCGCCACGUCGGGCGAGUUCCAAACACUAGACACGAGCGAGCUGGAGAAGCUCGUGGCCAAGGCACGCCGGUGAUAUGUAGCGCGCAUGCAUCGAGUCGAUAGAGUAUGCUGUAUGGCUGGUUGGCUGGCUUUGUCGGCCAUGGGCGGACAUGGCCCGCGGCGUAGCCAAAUUGUGUCGGAUCACUCCGACGCUCGCUAGCAUCGGAGUCUGAGCCGACGGGCCGAUGGGGCCGGUGAGCCCGCCCACACCACACACACCAUCGCGCACCACGUCGUCGCUUCAAUCGCAUCCACAUCUUGAGGUUGUACUUUUCUCCAUUCUUUCCAACACAACAUGGCCUCGUUCCUCCGCAACGGACGCAAGAUCGUCGCCAUCGGGCGCAACUACGUCGACCACGCCAAGGAGCUGGGCAAUGCCGUGCCGAAGGGUGAGCGGGGCUUAUGGUGGGGAGGAGCUCCUCCCGCCAGUCGCCUGGUUGAUCGCUCACGCCGCGCCCGCUGACACCACCCCCCAGAGCCCUUCUUCUUCCUCAAGCCCACAUCCUCGUACCUCUCCCCAGGGGAAGGCCCCGUCGAGAUCCCGCGCGGCGUCAACCUCCACCACGAGGUCGAGCUCGGCGUCGUGAUUGGCAAGAACGGCCGCGAUAUCCCCAAGGCCGAGGCCGACUCGUAUGUCGCGGGUUACAGUGAGUCGGCGUGUCCGCGAGCGCGAGCGCAGCGAGCGGUCGCGAGGUUGGUGAGGUGGUGUGGAUGUCGUGCUGACAAGGUCUUUCUCUUCCUGCUAUGUGAACCUCGUCGCGCGUGACAAACGUACCGCUACACCCUACACCGCACACUCCCGCUCGCUCCGCUCGCGUCGCAGCCCUCGCGAUCGACCUCACCGCCCGCAACAUGCAGGACGCGGUCAAGAAAAAGGGACUCCCCUGGUCGGCCGCCAAGGGCUUUGACACGUUCACGCCCAUCGGCCCCUUCAUCCCCAAGUCUGCCAUUGCGGACAACGGCAACGUCGGCCUCGAGCUGUCCAUCGACGGCAAGAUCAAGCAGAAGGGCACGACGGCCGACCUCAUCUUCGACGUGCCGACGCUCAUCGAGUUCGUGUCGGGCAUCAUGCGCCUCGAGGAGGGCGACGUGCUGCUCACCGGCACGCCGGCCGGCGUCGGACCCAUCGUUGAUGGCGAGACGGUCAACGUCAAGCUGUCGUACCCUGGCACUGAGGGCGAGGUGCUCUCCGAGUUCACUGUCAAGGCUGAGAACCGCAAGACGGGUUACGAGUUCAAGGCGCCCGCAUAGGUGGCCGAGUGAAGCGAGGCGAGGCGAGCGGACGUGGUGACGCUUGGCCGAGGCCAAGUGGAAUGACGAUGCGGCCCAGCCGACCCAGCUCGGCCCACGGCCCACUUGUAUGGAUGAAUACAGCGGUGCCAGAUGUCGCAG